UUUUACGAAUGUGCAACUUACAACUGUGAAAACUGAACUGGAGAGUGACCACAAGAAACUACACGGAGUUGUUGAAGUUGUGAAUAGAUGUGGUGUUUGAGAGUCCAAGAAAUGGCCAAUAUCUGGACAAGCUACAACGGACUGUUGUUUUUGCAACACAACCUACGACUGUAACAACUGAGCAGGGUAGUAACUGCAAGAAAACUGGUUGAAUUUGUUGGCUUUGUAAACAAAAAAUAUUUGCGGUGUUUAGAGUUUAACAAUGGCUGAUUUAUCAACUACCAGUGCAGGACUGUCACCAGUUCUUAUUGCUCUGCGGACUUGCUUCAUCGUUUUCCUUGGACUGCUGAUUGUAGCUGGCAAUAUUCUCUCGAUCUCUGUGACGCGCCGCGUGACCAACUUGGCCGACAGCACCAAGGUCCUCAUGACCACGUUGGCGGCCAGCGACCUGCUCGUUGGGUUAUUGUCACUUCUCAACAGCGUCGCUUCGGGUCUUAACCGGUGGCCGUAUGGUGACAUAGGAUGCACCAUUGCCUCAUACUGUAUGAAUACGAUUCUCUGCAUGUCCAUCUAUUCAAUUAUCUGCUUGAACGUGGAUCGUUACAUCGCGAUAACAAAACCGUACAAGUUUCCUGUGUGGUGCACCAAACGACACGCUAUCAUACUUGUAGUCAGUCUGUCAAUUUCCUCUCCACUUAGUUUAAUGAUCCCACUGGUUUUUGGAGCGCAAGCACAGUACUUCCCCGGCUCAGCAUUGUGUUUUUUCGGAAGCAAUUCAAACGUGGUAAACACACUUGCUCUUCUGUUUAUCGAUACUUUCCCAACGCUUGUCAUGGCGGGAAUCUACUAUCGCAUCAUUCGCAUCAGUCGCCGACACGAGCUACGAGAAAACUGUAACCAGAACCAGGGGAACAACGUCGCCAGGGAGCACAAGGCGCUGAAGACGUUUCUCAUGGUGACGUUGACAUUUUCCAUGUGUUACACGCCGUUCAGUUUGGUGCGCAUGGUGGAGGGUUUCACAGGCUGGAUCACUCCGGACUGGCUCGACAUUCUAACGGCCUGCUUGCUUUAUUCCAACAGCGCCUUCAACGUGUUUAUUUACUGUCUCUUCAACCAGGCUUACCGCCAAACGGCAAAGAAGAUUAUUACGGAGAGACUCCCGUGUUUGAAAAGGUCGACCGUUGGACCAGUAAAUAUCUAAUGGCAAGACUUUUUAAAAAUAAAAGUGACCAACCACGUGACAAAAGAUCAUUUGAGAAGGCAGCUACAAUGAAAGCAGAAACAUGCACGCCACUGUCUCUUAACUAAGUAUUCAAGA